AUGCACUACCAGUCACGCGUAUCCACAACCACUAUUCACGAACUUCUCUUCGUCGAUGACUGCACCCAAAAUACAACUACUGAAGGAGGCAUGCAAAGAAGCAUGGAUCUUUUCCCCGCCGCCUGCGAGAACUUCGAUCCGAUCGUCAACACGCAGAAGACGGUGUUCAUGCAUCAACCGCCACCCAACACAGCCCCCCACGAUGCACUGCAUGUCAUCAUGAACGAAGUCCAACUGCAAGUAGUGGACAACUUCAUGUACCUGAGCAGUACUCUCUCCCGCAGCACCAAAAUCGACGACAAAGUUUUCCAAGACCAGUCAGAUCUUCCAUUGUCUUCAAAACACUGUUUGGAAUCGUCAUGGUCUCCAGCUGAGCAUGAAACUGAAGAUGUGCACGGCCGUCAUACUCCGGACAUUGCUGCAUGGAGCAGAGACUUGGACGGUGUACAUGAAGCAGGCGCGCGGGCACCACCUCUUCUUCCUUAUCUGUCUCCGACGGAUACUGCUGACGAGAAUCAUUGGCAUCUACGCCAUGCUUAG